UGUCAUUCAGGAUAAUAACACAUGCUGCCAGUGUUUUGGUUUAUCUUGAACGCCUUUACCUAAGCUGGGUAUUUGAAAUGUUGUCAUUUAACAGACUUGCAGUGUCGCUGAGGACCCUUCAAAAACUGGCGGAGGCUCACAGAUGGCACCAUACCAGUUUGACAAAUGAGUUGAUUGAAAACAUGGACAAAAAAGCAACAUGGGACAGAUUCUACACAGAAAAUGGAAGCAAAGGCCAAUUCAAAAAUUUUGAAUGGUUCUUCGGAUUUCAAUCAGUCAAGGACUUCAUUCUUCCUGUACUUCAGACCAUGUCUCAUUCCCACAGUGGCCCGUUCAACAUCCUGGACAUGGGUUGUGGCACAUCUGCAUUAGGACCCUCUAUCUACAGAUCAUCUCCAUGUGUUGUGAAGGUUACUUGUGCAGAUAUCUCCCCAGUGGCAGUGAAACUUAUGGAGAAGCACACUAAUUCUGCAUCAGUACAGCCAUGCAACCCAUCCUCUGCUCUUGCUUUCCUGGAGCUUGACUGCACACAGUUGAGAGGACGCUUUGGGACCAGAAGCCUUGACAUGAUAUUGGACAAGGGUACUACAGAUGCUUUAGUUAGGUCUAAAGAAGGUCAAGUUAAGGCUGGACAGAUAGUGAGGCAAUGUUUAGAGGUGCUGAAGCCCUCAGGGGUUCUCUUGCAGUUCUCAGAUGAGGAUCCUGAUGCCAGGCUUGUAUGGCUAGAAAGAGAAGUCAGAGGAGCAGAACUGACAGCUGAUGUAGGAGUGCAAGAGGUGGGGGAAUUGAGAGGUGUCAGCUAUUUUUGCUAUCAGAUUUCUCCUUGUACUAGCCCCCACUCUUAAAAUACAAUGCAUUUAAACUUCUAAAAGGGUUUUCAAGUGACAAUAUAGUCUAACAAUACUGAACAAUAUAUUUUUUUUUGCACUUGCAUAGUCAAAAGCCUGUUUACAUUAUUUGCAUCAGAUGAACAAAUCAAUGAUACACUUUUGUAAAAAAAACAAAAACAAUUUAUUGCAAAAAAAAAAAAAAAAAAAAAUGUUUUUGUCAAACAUUCUGUGGUGCUUAUUUUUCAUCAAUGUGGGAAAUUACUUUAAGAAUCAUAACAUUAAAUGAAACCAACAUAAUUUAAAACAAAAUAUACAAAUAAAGAGACUGUUUAGUGCUUAGUUUAACAUACACAGUACACCCUCCAAAAAAACACUAGGAGAAAAACACAAUAAGGCCUAUAAUUUCAACAAGGUCUAUAACUGCCAUGCAGAACCUGUGCCUUUUAACAUGAAAGGCUUGGAGGAUGAGAUUUUGCAACAGUGUUGUGUAUUACAGUCAUACACAAUGAGAUUUUGUCUUUAUGGAUUUAAUAUCUGUAGGGAUGCCGUCUCUCUCGCUUUCGUGGUUUUCUGCGUUUCUGCUUCAUGACCAAGUUGUUCACUGGCCAGUAGGGGGCAGCAUUAUUAGCACCUUAAAAACAUAACCAGCCUUUUAGCUCGACUUUACAUUAAUAUUAUAUUCUGAUGAUUUGAGAAAAUAAAUAAAUCUGUACCUCUGUAGAAGGCUUCCCUUUCAAAGCUCUGGUAACCUGUCAGGUCGGGAGGCAGAUCAUCAUUGCUAUACUGUGAACCGAAGCCACUGAACUGCCUCAUCCUUUGGCCCUGUGUCCAGACCAGACCUGGAAGAGGAGAAUAAAACUGUCACUUUAAUAUUAACAAAAUAACCAAACAUGACUAAAAACUACAACAUCCACAGUGCUUAUUAAAAUUGUACAAUUAGUGUUUCGAAAUGAGUCAUUAUGAGGAUUAUUAUGCUGGUUAAGUGAAUCUUCUUAAAAGAGGCUUGAUUGUUACCAUUGUUGUAGUGGGUGGCGGGCAUCACUGGUGGAUAAAAGCAUCUCUGGUUGCUAUACGAUCCUGUUAAAAAGGCAUGUUUUGAAUUGUGAAAGUUACUUGGAGAAAAAAAUCUGUGGUUAGUAAAUUUUUUAAAUAUUUUUGAAAGAAGUCUCUUAUGCUCACCUAGGCUGUAUUUAUUAGAUCAAAAAUAGAAUAAAAACAAUAAUAUUGUGAAAAAUGUUUCCUUAUGAUUAUACAUAACCCGUUUUCUUCUUCCUCCCCUCCCCCUUUUGUCCAUGCUUUACUGUAUGUUUGCCCUUAUUUAACCAAUAAUGGGAUCUGUAAUCGUUGUAACUAAGCUCUAAUGUUAAGGGCCUUCAUUGCUCUUUGAAGGGAAAAAAAAGAUUCUGCAUCAGAUGAAACAAACUAACCCUCAAAUAGAUUUCUUGCAAGAAACUCAUCCGUCUGACAAAACGUGAGAAAUUAAAGAGGUCAUGGGCAGAUAAAGUCUACUUUUCUUCUCAUUCAUUGGGGAGAAAGAAAGGAUGGGCAGAUAAACUGUACUUUUCUUCUCAUCCAUUACAUCCAGUGUCUAUAUCCUGAUACAUAGACAAGUACAUUUUACUUUAGCAAUGACUUAUAAGGAUAUUACGGAAGAGGAUUAGGGCCAAGCAA